AGGCCCUGGGGCCUGGAUCUCGGUGUCCAGACUGAAUGAUUGAUGCUACUGAAUAAGGACGCUUCUUUAGCAUUUCAUCAGUUUGCCUUUUUAUUCCAUCAGCACAUGUUGAAGGGAUGCUAGCAGAAGGGGAGCAAUCAGAAGUGUCACCAAAAGGAUCCACAGAGGAUGAGGAGGAGCAAAGUAAUCUGAGGGUUCAAGAUGGAGGCAGCAGGCAAGAGGGGAGGCGAAAGCAAAAGCCGGAGGGUGACUCCGGGACGUCUCAGGGUGGUGAGAAUCAAAUUCACAGAGAGGAGAAAAAGCAUGUAUGCACCGUGUGUGGAAAGAGAUUGGGUAGUCGCUCAGCUCUUACCUUGCAUCAAAGACUACACACAGGAGAGAAACCAUAUAUAUGUUCUGAGUGUGGAAAGAGCUUCAGUCACAGUAGUGGCCUUACAUCGCAUCAACGAACUCAUACAGGGGAGAAACCUUACAAAUGUUUGGACUGUGGAAAGAGCUUCAGUCACAGUAGUGUCUUUAUCUUGCAUCAAAGAACUCAUACAGGGGAGAAACCAUAUAAAUGUUCAGAGUGUGGAAAGAGCUUCAGACAGAGUGGUGGUCUUACUUCGCAUCAAAGAACUCAUACAGGAGACAAACCUUAUACAUGUUCAGAGUGUGGAAAGAACUUCAGUCGGACUACUUCCCUUACCACGCAUCAAAGAUCGCAUACAGGGGAGAAACCGUAUACAUGUUCAGACUGUGGAAUGAGCUUCAGUCACAGUAGCCAGCAUAAGUCACACCAACGGAUUUAUACAGGGGAGAAACCGUAUACGUGUUUGGAGUGUGGAAAGAGCUUCACUCGCAGCAAUGCACUUACUAGACAUCAACAAACUCAUCGAGGCAGCAAACCUUAUAAAUGCUGGGAAUGUGGCAAGAGCUUCAGUCGCUUUGACUCCCUUUCCUCGCAUCAAAGAAUUCAUAUAGGGGAGAAACGAUAUACAUGUUUGGAGUGUGGAAAUAGUUUCAGCCACAGUUGCAGCCUUACCUUGCAUCAAAGACUGCACACAGGAGAGAAACCUUAUAAAUGUUUGGAGUGUGGAAAGAGCUUCUGCCGCGGUAGCCAACUGACAUUGCAUCAAAGAACUCAUACAGGAGAGAAACCGUAUACAUGUUUGGAGUAUGGAAAAAGCUUCAGUUGCAGUAGCUCCCUUAAGUCUCAUCAAAGAACUCAUACAGGAGAGAAACCAUAUACAUGUUCGGAGUGUGGAAUGAGCUUCAGUUGCAGUAGCUCCCUUAAGUCGCAUCAAAGAACUCAUACAGGAGAGAAACCAUAUACAUGUUCGGAAUGUGGAAAAAGCUUCAGUUGCAGUAGCGGCCUUACGUUGCAUCAAAGAACUCAUACAGGAGAGAAACCGUAUACAUGUUCGGAGUGUGGAAAAAGCUUCAGUUGCGGUAGCUCCCUUACGUUGCAUCAAAGAACUCAUACAGGAGAGAAACCAUAUACAUGUUUGGAGUGUGGAAAGAGCUUCAGGUGCAGUAGUCACCUUACUAGACACCAAAUAACUCAUAAAGGGAGGAAAUCUUAGAAAUGUUUGGUGUAUGGGAAGAACUUCAGUGACAGGCUCCCCUCUAAACAGCAAAGAACUCCUACAAGGGAAACAUUAGAAAUGGUAGGAGUGUGGGAAGAUCUUUAAUCAUAUCAAAUAACUCCUACAGAGAGUAAGCCAAUGAUUGUGUUUAGAAUUAGAAUUUGCUUCCAUUACAAUUUUUUUUCCUUUAGUGGCUGGGUUGCAAAUUGUUCCCCUGAUCAGAAUUAAAAAAUUCCUUCAGUAGCACCUUAAAAGACCAACUAAAUUUUUAUUUUGGUAUGAGCUUUCGUGUGCAUGCACACUUCUUCCAUACAUCACUACUGGGAAAACCAUAGCUUUAACUAUACGGACCUUUGUCGGCACACUUCUUCAGAUACCUUUUCUUCAGAUACCUGCACACGAAAGCUCAUACCAAAAAAAAACCUUAGUUGGUCUUUAAGGUGCUACUGAAGGAAUUUUUUUAUUUUGCUUCGACUCAGACCAACAUGGCUACCUACCUGUAACCCCUGAUCAGAGUUAGAUUUCCCCCCCAAAAUUUUCAUGGCUUCACAAUUUGCAUAAAUUUUACAUCUCUACUCAUGCCCCUUUCAUUGCUGCCUUGUUAGAAACUGUCCUCUGGUCCUCCCAUAUGUCUGUCGUUCACUAAAUUGCUUGCACUUCCCAUUACAAAGCACAAGCCAUUCCUGGGCAGAGAGCUGCUGUACCCCAGAGCUCCCCCCCCCCAAAAAAAUUCAACCUCAUCCAGCAGGCAAUGCUAAGAACUGAAUUCUGUUUAAAUGCAGUUUUUAAGACGUGGGUGGUGCUGUGGUCUAAACCACAGAGCCUAGGCCUUGCCAAUCGGAAGGUUGGUGGUUUGAAUCCCUGCGAUGGGGUGAGCUCCCGUUGCUCGGUCCCUGCUCCUGCCAACCUAGCCGUUCGAAAGCAUGUCAAAGUGCAAGUAGAUAAACAGGUACCACUCCUAUGGGAAGGUAAACAGCAUUUCCGUGCGCUGCUCUGGUUUGCCAGAAGCGGGUUAGUCAUGCUAGCCACAUGACCCGGAAGCUGUACGCCAGCUCCCUCGGCCAGUAAAGCGAGAUGAGCACCGGAAGCCCAGAGUUGUUUGCGACUGGACUUAACAGUCAAGAGUCCGUUUACCUUUACCUUUAAGAUAUAUUUGCACAGAAAUGUUAAAAAAUGCCUGUGUUAGGAAAACAAUUUCCUUAAGAUACCCUAGUGCAGGCUUUCCCAAGCUUGGGUCUCUAGCUGUUUUUGGACUACAAUUCCCAUAAUCCCUUAUGACUGCUAACUGGGGGUGAUGGGAGUUGUAGUCCAGAAAGAACUGGCGAUCCAAGUGUGGGAAUCCUGCUCUAGUGAAAGGUGAGGAUACGGACAUGAACUUUGCUGAUUAAAUUGUAGAUUGCCUCCCCCCCCCCACCAGUCAAUUCCACAAGCACACAGUGCAACAGGAUUGAGUGUGGGGGGGGAGCCUGGUUAAUUUCAUUGUACACAGGUUGUGCAUUGACAAUAAAGGUAUUGUUAUUAUUAUCUUUCAUAGCUCUGAUAAGAGAGUUCAGGGAGCAAACGGCCCUCUUACUCUGAUGCCUUCGCUCCCCCUGCCUUGCUGAGCUUGUGUGUGUCUGCUUCCUUGCAGCUAAGGGAUCUGCUGUUGCUCAGGCUCAUGCCGCUAUCUUUGCUGCCUUGUUAGAAGCUGCCCACUGGUGCCCCCCACUCACCCCCAUAUGUGUGUCAUUCACUAUAAGGUUUGCACAAGCCAUUUCUCGCCACUGGCAGAGAACCUGCCCAGACCCCAAUGUGUCUGUCUGGUGCUCUGCCACUUCUUGUGCCAAAGAUUGCCCAUUUUCCCACUAGACACAUGGGCAAGAGGGGAAGAAGGCAAGCAAAUCCUUAAGAUCCCGACAGGAACGCCAGGACAAGAUCUCAAAGCAGCUGUUUUAUUACAGAAAAAUUUACAGACUGGAAAGAGAAGUUGCUGAAUUGCAACUCAUUAGCAAGCUUAAAACCAUGGAGCCAUCUGGAAUGAACAAAGACAUAGGAUUCUUAUCUCAUUAUACAUGAUCAAGCUUUCCUUAGCACCUCAGCCCUUGCUUUGCCCCCGCAAGACCAAUUGCAGUCAUUAACAGUCGUUAACAGUCAUCAACAGGUUUACCACUCCUAUCAGCCCAUCACCCAUUCCCAUUCCCAUCACCCCCACCCUCUGAAUAUACAUAAGGGUCUGGUGGCUUCUGUUUCAGUGUAUCUGAUGAAGUGUGCAUGCACACGAAAGCUCAUACCAAAAUAAAAACUAAGUUGGUCUUUAAGUUGCUACUGAAGGAAUUUUUUUAAUUUUGUUUCGACUCAGACCAACACGGCUACCUACCUGUAACUAGUCAUUUUAAGUUUUUUUUACUAAUAAUUUAAUUGUUUUAUUUUUCCUGAACUAUGGAUUUUUCAAAAAUGUAUAUGUAUAGUAAAGUUGCAUGUAAAUCUUACGGAACAAAAUAAUAAAUGCCUACAAAAGAUGUCAUAGCAAAACAAGCAUGCAAUUCCUAAGAGGCCAUUUACAACUCGUUUCAGUGCAGGUUUUCUGAGGAGUCAGUCCCACUGUUCCCAACAGGUGCUUAAUCUCAGGGGAAGGCAGAUAAAUUCAGUUUUGGGAUUCCCUGUGGGAAUGUUCAGGGAUGGGAGAGGGUAUAUGGUUUGAUUAUAUCCUUUCCAACUUUAACAAGUUCCACAA